AUGACUGAUUCAAAGAGUUUACCUUCUUCAAGUUCAACAAGUGAGGAUACAAAUAAAGUUGAGGCUUUUGUUCCUGCAGAUAAACAACAAAAUUUACAAGAUGUUCAUAACACCAAUGGUCAAGCGCGUUCUAGAUCAUCAUCAUUAGCAAGAACUUUAUCACAUAAAUCACAAAGAUCUAUUAAGACAGCUCAAGAAGAUCAUGAAGCUUUAGAAAAAUUAGUUUCAAAUAAUCCUGGUGUUGAUAAUUUAAUCACCAAAUUAGAAUCAAGAGCUGGUGCCUUGGGGCCAUUAGAAGAUGGUAUUGAUAUUGAACAAGUUCAAACUCAUCCAGAUCCAAAAUCAACAACACAUCCAGAUGAUCAAUGGGGUUAUACAAUCGAUGAAGAGACAGGUAUAAGAAUCGUUCAAUUUGUUCCAGAAGAUCCAAAAGAUCCAAGAAAUUGGUCCAAAGCUUAUAAAUGGUUUGUUACAUUCUUCUUAGGUUUAAUCUGUUUUGAUGUUGCAUUAGCUUCAGCUAUUGUUACAGGUGAUAUUGAAGGUCCAAUGAAAACAUUUGGUGUUAGUGAAGAAGUUGUUAUCUUAACUGUUACAUUACUGGUUAUUGGUUUCGGUAUUGGUCCAUUAGUAUUUGCACCACUUAGUGAAGAAAUUGGUAGAAGAUGGGUUUAUGUCUCUACUUUAGGUCUUGCUGUUAUUUUCAUUAUUCCAUGUGCAGUGGCACAAAAUAUUGGUACUUUAUUAGUUUGUCGUUUCCUUGAUGGGUUAUUUUUCAGUGCUCCAAUGUGUUUGAUUGGUGGUAAUUUAGCUGAAAUGUGGAAAACUGAAGAAAGAGGUGUUGCUAUGAGUAUUUUCAGUGCUGCUCCUUUUAUUGGUCCUGCAAUGGGUCCACUUAUCGGUGGUUAUAUUGGUGAUAAUGUUGGUUGGAGAUGGAUCUAUUGGGUUUUAUUAAUCUUCAGUGGUGUUAUUUAUAUUGCUUUAGUUAUAUUGAUCCCAGAAACUCAUCAUCAAACAAUUUUAAAGCAAAGAGCUAAAAAAUUAAGAAAAUUAACAGGUGAUGAUACUUAUAGAGCUUUAUCUGAAAUUAAAAUUCGUUCUUUUAAAAAAAUUGCUAAUGAAACUUUAUUAAGACCUUUAAUUUUAUUAAGUGAACCAAUUGUUUUCUUGAUUACAUUAUACAUGUCAGUUAUUUAUGGUUUACUUUAUAUGUUCUUCUUUGCUUAUCCAGUUGUUUAUAUGGAAGGUAAAGGUUGGAGUGCAGGUAAAACAGGGUUAAUGUUUAUUCCAAUUGCAGUUGGUGUUAUCUUUGCCACAGUUAUUGCACCUUUUUUCAAUACUGAUUAUAACAAAAGAGCUCAAAAAUUUAAAGAUCGUGGUGAAUUACCACCUGCAGAAUUAAGAUUAAUUCCAAUGAUGAUUGGUUGUUGGUUAGUUCCAGUUGGUCUUUUUGCAUUUGCUUGGUCAUCAUAUCCUCAUGUUUCAUGGGCUGGUCCAUGUUUUUCAGGUUUUGCAUGUGGUUGGGGUUUCAAUCAAUUAUAUAAUCCUGCAAAUAAUUAUAUUGUUGAUUCUUAUCAACAUUAUGCUGCAUCAGGAUUAGCUGCUAAAACCUUUUUAAGAAGUAUGUGGGGUGCUGUAGUUCCAUUAUUUACAAUUCAAAUGUAUCAUAGAUUAGGUUAUGAAUGGGCUUCAUCAUUAUUAGCAUUUAUUUCACUUGCAUGUUGUGCAAUUCCAUAUUUCUUUUAUUUCUUUGGUAAAAGAGUUAGAGCUAGAUCUAAAUAUGCUUAUUCUCCAGAAGCUGAACAAAGAGCUAUUUCAGGGGCAAAAGAUGUUGAAAAAGUCCCAAGUACAUCAUCAGAUUAG